UUCCUUGUAGAUUAUUCAUUUUCUAGGGUUUUGAUCUAGGAUGUUUUUCAUCUGGGUCCCCGUCUAAAUUGUUUGGUUUCAGGGGUUUUGAUCUGGAGUGUUGUUGAUGAAUGGCUCCAUCCCUGUUCUUUGUGAUAUGUAUUCUCCACUCAUUGGUCACAUUAACAUGUGGGUCUUUAAUAAUGUUCUAUCUCAACGAAAUCUCAGUGCUGGGUCAUGGCACAGAAACAGCUAGAAAGCUCUUGGGUUCAACACCCCAUGACCAAUUGUUGAUCCAAAUAUCUGACUCUUUCGCUGGUUUGCUUCUGUUUAUGAUUGGGUUUUUGCUAUUCAUGGUGGCCUUUGUGAAGGACAGAGAGUUUCAGAGCUUCUUUGCUAAAGGGUGUGUUCUUCUCCAUGUCUCAAUGGCUCUUUGGAGGGUGUGCUUUGAGAGGAGGCUUGAAGACUUGGCUUGGGAUUGGCCUAGGCAGGUGGCUGGGGACUUGGCCUUGGCUCUUUCAUGGGUUUUCUUUCUUGUGUAUUCUUGGAGGGAGAAGUAUGAUUAAUGGAUGAUUUGGGUGCAGAAUGAAUCAGAAUUCAGGGAUUUGUGAAGUGGGAAUUUGGUUUCUUUUUUUUUUUUUUUUCCCUUUGUUUGUAAGGUUGUGGCAUGAAAGCACGGCUCAAAGAUGUAUAUAUUGGUGAUUGUGGAGUGAAAAGAAUUGAAAAGCCCUUGUUGGGUUACA